AUGGCGGCGGCCUCCUCUUCGGCGGCGGCCUCCGGGUGCCGGGCGGAGCCGGAGGACGCGGCGGCGCUGCCCGUGGGCCCCGGCUGGAGUGAGGCGCAGUUCCGGCCCUACACGUUCGGGACGCGGCCCAUCCCACGCCUCAGCCACGGCGACCCGCGCGCCGAGGAGCUCAUCGAGAAUGAGGAGCCAGUGGUGCUGACUGACACGAACCUGGUGUACCCCGCCCUGAAGUGGGACCUGGAUUACCUCCAGGAGAACAUUGGCAAUGGAGACUUCUCAGUGUAUAGUGCCAGCACACACAAGUUUUUGUAUUAUGAUGAGAAGAAAAUGGCCAAUUUCAAGAACUUCAAGCCCAAGUCGAGCAGGGAAGAAAUGAAGUUUACUGAGUUUGUUGAAAGGCUCAAGGAAAUUCAGCAGAAAGGGAGUGGUGAGAGGUUGUAUUUGCAGCAGACACUGAAUGAUACAGUUGGAAGGAAGAUUGUGAUGGAUUUCUUAGGCUUUAAUUGGAACUGGAUUAACAAGCAGCAGGGGAAGCGUGGGUGGGGGCAGUUGACCUCCAAUUUACUGCUUAUUGGCAUGGAAGGGAAUGUGACACCAGCUCACUAUGAUGAGCAGCAGAACUUCUUUGCUCAGAUCAAGGGCUACAAGCGGUGUAUCCUGUUCCCUCCAGAUCAGUUUGAGUGCCUCUACCCCUACCCAGUGCACCAUCCAUGUGACAGGCAGAGCCAGGUGGACUUUGACAAUCCUGAUUAUGAGAAAUUCCCUAACUUCCAAAACGUGGUUGGCUAUGAGACGGUGGUGGGCCCGGGUGAUGUUCUCUACAUCCCUAUGUACUGGUGGCAUCACAUCGAGUCACUGCUGAAUGGGGGAAUUACUAUCACUGUGAAUUUCUGGUACAAGGGUGCCCCUACUCCAAAGAGAAUUGAAUAUCCAUUAAAGGCUCAUCAAAAAGUGGCAAUAAUGAGGAACAUUGAGAAGAUGUUGGGAGAGGCCCUGGGAAACCCACAAGAGGUGGGUCCCUUGUUGAACAUGAUGAUUAAGGGUCGGUAUGACUAAGCUCUAGCUACCUGGGCGACUGUUGGAGCUGCUUUGUUCACAAGCAAUGGAAGAUACUGAGCGCUAGUAUUGCACGCAGCACUUAACAGACUGAUGGGUUCUUGGCCCAUCCCUGUCCCGCCCCACAACAAUUUGAGGGGACUACUGGAACUGCAAAACCAUUAGCCUCCCCCAUCUUUCCCCACUGUCAUCCAACUGAAUCUUCCACCUCCCAAGAAAGAAUCUGCACUUAGUGGGCAAGAAUCCAUCUUCCAGUAACUGUGUUUUCCCUGUGUGCUGAGAUGAGAAGUAUGGCUUCAGGCACUCAGAUGUGUUCCUUCUGGGGUUUAAAGUGUAUAAAGGACAGUUUGGAAGGGAGCCAGUUGUGAUCUUGUUCCCUCAACCUCCUCGAGUUCAAGCCCAUCAGCUGGGUUUCUGUGGUGCUUGCAGUAGACGCAUGAUAUCUGGAAACUGGUAUGGAAAGUCUGUGGAUGGCAGGAAGCCUUAGCUUUUCAUGACCCUCUUGUGUUAGGUCUUGUACCUGCUGAAUCCUGGAACUUUUAGAUAGAUAGUGGGCAUAAGCACGUGAUGACUUUGGUAUGAGGAACAACUGGGCAGAUGUUUUGGAUCUCCCUACCCCCAAGACAUUUAUGCUCAGGGCAUUGGAGCUGGGUACGGAGUAGAAUGAUUGAAUCCAUAUAGUAUGUGCACACAGAAUCCCUCCCCUCCUGACCUGGCUCUUGUAUGAAGCUGGGGGGAACCUCUUUUCUCCUGUUGACAGAUUUCUUCGAGGAGCGAAGGUUUCCUUCCUCUCUUUCUAAAGUCACAGUAUGAUUAAAAGUGGGUAUAGUGUGGUAAAGGGCAAUAGAUAUGCCAGGACACUGACCAAGGCUCCUAUGAUUAAGCCACAUGAAAACUGAUUUUCAGGGGUCCUGAACUGAGAGACUGUCGAAUGACAGUUCAGAAUGAGACACGCACAGCUUCCCUUUUCUCCACCAGGGGGUGCCGGUUUCCUUGGACAAAACAGAAAGUGCCCUUUACUGGUAAGCUCAGCAAGUAGUGUGUGUGUGAAGCUGUCAGGCUCUCAGUGUACCAGUUUGGCUUGUGCUGUUGUGUUGCCUCUUUCCUUGUACAACCGUGUGGGAGGAGUGGGGGAAGGUUUUUGUUUAAGUGUGUUAAAUUUGUUUGAAUCCUUUGGACUUGUCACGGUAGCCUAGAAAAUGGAAAGGCAAGGACUUGGAAGCAGCAGAGCUUCCUUUUUUAGAGUCCCAGCAACCUGCCAGAAGAGCCAUCAACCCCUUCCUAGUUCUAUGUCCUUGCAGAGGCUUCCAAUUCAUAUGUGGACAUGCUCUAGUUUCUUAUGCAUUGCUAUGCUAUUCCUAGGCAGUCUAUUGAAUGUGACUAAGUGAUCGUAGAAAUUAGAGGUGGGCUAAGCUGUACUGGGUCCCAUUUAAUGCACCCCAAUGACCAGUGAGAGCUAGUUCUUUUAACUUUAUUUCCUAGUGCUUUAUUUCCUUUUCUCUUUGGGGCCUAUUUUGACAUGCAGGUUUCUGUGAAGUUUACAGUCUAGGGAGGAGACAACACUAGGGAAAUCCCAUUGUAUCUUUAUCUUGUUCUGUGCUACCUGGUGCUGGGACAGUUCUUAUAACAUUUACAGUGAACUUUCCUUAUGUAGAAACGGAAGAAAUGCUUAACUCAGCUGAAUUGUCUGGCAAUACCUAGCGGGUUCUUUCAGUUUUUUAAAUUGUUCUCGAAGGCUGGUUACAGGUCUGGUGUCGAGUGGCACAGUGGGCAACAAUAGACAUCUUGCUACAGAAGAUCCCCAUGCCACUCAUUUAGUGAAAUGUAACACCAGGUGAGGGGGCAGCAGGAGACAAACUUCCACUCCAAAGCUUUUACUGUAUCAGAACCAAGAUCACUUGGCAAAGUAUUUUUCAACCAUCCACCUUGGAGAUGGAGAAGAGGAGAAACAAUCAACGUCUUCUGUCUCUGGCUAAAACUGAAGUCUUCCCAAAAGUUGUUGGAGUGUGGGCAAGUCCUCUUGCCUUACUUAGCAGAUGGCCGAAGUGGACCUUAUCUACAUGACAUUGUUCAGAGCACAGCAGUCAUAUGAGCUGCUAGCUGGCGCCUCUGUUUUUGAAUCCUAGGAUAUGAGGUCCCAGUGCCUCACAGAGAGGAUGGUACAUAUGGAAACUAUGGGAUUUUUUUUAUUGCCAAAGGUCUAACUUUUUAAGUGUCUGAGCAGUUCUUGCUGCACUUGACUGACAUGAAAGCUCAUUUACAAUGCACUGAUGGACUGACAUUUUCCUCCCCUCCGCCCCCCUUUCCAUUUGUGCUUUCAAUGCCCCUGCAAUGGUAUCGGGAAGCUAUGUGUGUUUUACAAUAGGGGUGUGAGAGAGAAACACAUGGUACCUUCUGAAGUGUAGUUCUUAAAUACAACCAAUGUUGAACAACA